AUGGGCACUAGCAAUCGAAAAAAUAACAUUGAAGAGCUCGAUGUACCUUCAAACUUACAACUAGAAUUGAAAAAAACUGGCACUAGUAACAAGGCAUCCCUCCGAAGCCCGAGUAAGACCAGCGCUACCAAAUUAACAAGUUUUUCUGAAGACGUAGAGGAUAGUGCAUCCAUAGCCUCUUCGUCGGUAGAUUCACUAAAUAUGCUAUUGGAGCGACAAAGAGUGAGACAAUUGAACCAUCCACAACAUCAACAGCAUAUAAGCAGCUCAUUAGCGAAGACCCCAACCACUUCGUCAUCAUUUUGUUCAACCGGAAGCUCUAAGAAUAAAGUCAAGGAGACCAAUCGAAUAUCUUUAACCUAUGAUCCUGUAUCGAAAAGGAAAAUUUUAAAUACUUAUGAAAUUAUCAAAGAAUUAGGCCAUGGGCAACACGGGAAAGUAAAAUUAGCUAGGGACAUACUGAGUAAACAAUUGGUUGCCAUUAAAAUUGUCGAUAGGCAUGAAAAGAAACAAAGAAAAUUCUUCACAUUUAUUAAAUCAAGUAAAAUAUCUGAGAAUGAUAAAAUAAAACGAGAAAUUGCUAUUAUGAAAAAGUGCCAUCACAAACACGUCGUACAACUGAUAGAGGUCCUCGAUGAUUUAAAAUCAAGGAAGAUCUACCUAGUAUUAGAGUAUUGCUCAAGAGGUGAAGUCAAGUGGUGUCCACCAGAUUGUUUGGAGUCAGACGCCAAGGGCCCAUCUUUACUAAGCUUUCAGGAAACGCGAGAAAUAUUGAGAGGCGUAGUCCUUGGUUUGGAAUAUCUACAUUAUCAAGGGAUCAUUCAUCGAGAUAUCAAACCUGCCAACUUAUUAAUAUCAGAAGAUGGCACUGUCAAGAUUUCGGAUUUCGGCGUUUCAUUAGCUGCUAGCAGUACAAAUAGUUCGGAUAGUAGCGAAUCUUUGAACGAGUUGGAGUUGGCAAAAACAGUGGGAACGCCCGCCUUUUUUGCCCCAGAAAUGUGCUUAGGUGAGGAUGCAUUCACUAAGUAUAAUUUAACAAAGGAUAAUCUAUUUCGUGGCUCCUGCAUCUCAUUCAUGAUAGAUAUCUGGGCUGUGGGCGUCACCUUAUACUGUUUGCUCUUUGGAAUGUUACCUUUUUUCUCUGAUUUUGAACUGAAACUUUUUGAGAAAAUUGUCGAUGACCCUUUAAAGUUUCCGACAUACGAAGAAAUGCAGUCCAACAAUGUAUCUAAGAUAUCUUGCGAAGAAGAAUAUCAAAUGGCAAAAGAUCUUUUAUCAAAAUUGCUAGAGAAAAAUCCUCAAAAAAGAAUGACUAUACCAGAAAUUAAAAAUCAUUCUUUUGUUUCGUGGGAUUUUGAUCAUAUACCUGAAGAUGAUGAAAAAUUGUUGUCUUCCACUCUCGAAAAGAAAAUACGUUUUCAAUGUAACCAAACCGAUCAGUUCGAGCCUAUUUCUAUCUCAAAGCAUGAACUAAAAAAUGCUGUUUCUGGUGUAGGAAAAAAAAUCAAAGAAUCUAUACUAAAAAGUAUUCCGUUAAAGGAUCCAACGGAUCCUUCAAUCAAACACUAUAUUCAUCCAACGGAAACUGCCAGGAGCAGAGGUGACGCUAAUGUCAUUGUGAGUGAAGGGUCGGUGUUAUCAAACAUUAAGGAACUAAGCGUCAGUGAUGAAUCUUCAAACAUUGACAGUGAUGCAAAUGAUAAUGACAGGGGCAAUGACUUUGAAAAUGGAAAUUAUGGACAUCUAACAAAAAAAGAAUUAGAACAGGAGUUGAAUAGGUUUGAUGAUAAACACGAGGCCAGCAAUGUGGUUAAUUUACCCAUCAACUCUUCCUUUGCAUCGUUGGAUAGUUUCUAUAUAGAUAAUUUUGCAAUGGCCAAAAUGGGAAUGAGCUCUCCGGAAGCAGCCGGUUCCAUUUUAUCUCCACCUAAUAUUCCAUCCGCACCAUCAUCAACAAGACUUGGUCGGUCUCCAGUCUUUGGCGGGGGGCCCAAUCAACCAAGCCCAAUUCGUCCAGGUUUACCACAACAGAAAUCAUCCUUUUAUGCAACAGGCCGAUAUGAUAAGAACCAUAACAGUGUUGCCAGAGAUUCAUCUUCUCAUUUAAUGUCAUACAAUUCCGGCAGACCAUCUUCAAGAGGUAGCCGAAUGAACUCACGCAACCAAAAUUUACCUAAAGCACCAGAUAGCCUUUCCAGAACCUCUACGACCCAAUUGAAUGAACGGAGAGUUCUAAAGGAUUUGGAAAUGCCAAGCCCUGGAAGUGUUAACGUUGAUCAUCCGAAAAAAUUAUUUGUGAGAAACAAUAGUAACAAAGCAUCUAUUAUAAAGGAUCCUCCGGGGAAGAGUACCACCAGUAGUAAUAAUCUUCUUCCAAAAAAUUCGCCUAUAAAAUCUUUAUACCAGAGGAUGAAACGGUCUAAGGAUAAAUCGCAAGGAUUCGAAGUGCGUAGAGGCAAUUUUUUCAGUCAUUUUAACGGAGAUGAUGAUGAAGAUAGCAGUAGUCAAUCCUCCGUAACCAGUUCUGGCUCCGAAUCUGACUCGGAAUUGACUUCUUCCUCAUCCUCAUGUGCAUCUAGAAUCCCGUCUAGAAUCCCAUCUAGAAAUAGCUCUAACAACUAUAACAAUGGCUAUUCAGAAACAGAAUCGUUGCCUUUUGAAUUUGGUGUUGACUCAGAAGACGGAAGUGGUGUAUUGUUAAGAGAUCUACCUAAUGGAGACCAGAUAAGACCAUUUCUAGAUAUGCAACCAUAUAGUAACGUGAAGGUCAGGAAAUCAAUAAAUCCUAAGCCACUAUCUGCACCAUCUUCUUCAUCUUCAUCAGAGGAUGAGGAGGAGCUAAUAUUAAAUGUCGGUACUGCAGGUCAUCGAAGGAGGUACAAUUCUUCAAAGCCUGGUGAAUUAUCUGAAAAUCCACAAAGUGUAUCAAACAAUGCAAUGUACUCGAAUGGUAGCGCUUAUGACAGCGAGACAACGAUAACUCCACAUCACAAGGGCGGGCUGAUGCAAGACGAAAAUCCGAGCCGCAGUCAGCCCAUUAUCAACCCUGGUCCGUUGGUAUUACCAAAGCACCUGGAUCAAAAAAAAGCUACAACACAAACCUCAAAUUUGACAGAUAUCGUCGAAUUCAAUGGUAGUAAUAGUCACCAAAAGAACAAAAAUUCAAAUGCAGCUUUUUAUUCGAGAGAGCUAUUGAAAGAUGCGCUAAGUUCCACUAAUGCAGGCAGAAGAAGAUCUAUACCCUCAAAUAAGGUAGGAGGGAGAAAGGAAGUCAGUACCACUACCCCUAGUAAUGUUAGUGAUGAUGAACACACCAGGAAUAUUAACUGCAAGGGUGAUGAAGGACCAGAAAUCAGCGCUACUAAACGAAGGACCCAUGAAAGGUCUCGAUCUUUGACAGUUGCGGAACUAAAUGAGCAAAAGAGAAGAGGCGUACAGCCGUGA